CUUCUAUAAAUACACACAUGUAACAAUAGACAUCACCCUCCAAGAUUCAAGAAAACCCCACUCCACUCCAAGACAAUUGAAAAAUCCCCUUUUCAAAUCUCUCUCUCUCUCUCUCUCUCUCUCUCUCUCCCAUGGCUCCUGCGCCUCUCUCACCCAUCAAAGUAGGGCAUAUCGAGGAUGUUCAAGAACUUCAAAAAUCCAAACCGAACAAAGUUCCCGAGAGAUUCAUUAGAGAAGGAAACGAGAGACCAGCGUUUGUGAUAUCUCAAGAGUCGGCUUCAAGUGAUAUUCCUGUAAUCGAUCUCUCCAAUUUCUCCAGUCCUGGCUUAGAUGAUUUUCUUUCAGAGACUCUUCGUCUCUCUCAUGCUUGUGAGGAGUGGGGAUUUUUCCAGGUAAUAAACCAUGGGAUUGAAAUGGAAGUGAUAGAGGAAAUGGAGAAAGCGGCGAAGGAGUUUUUCGGAAUGCCAUUGGAGGAGAAGCAGAAGUAUCCAAUGGAACCGGGGACCGUACAAGGGUACGGACAAGCUUUCAUCUUCUCCGAGGAUCAGAAACUGGAUUGGUGCAACAUGUUUGCCCUUGGCCUCCACCCUCCCUCUAUCCGAAACCCUAAACUCUGGCCUACCAAACCGGUCCGGUUCAGUGAAGCUCUGGAGAAGUACUCGAGAGAGGUAAGGAAACUGUGCGAGGGGCUGUUGAGGAACAUAGCGAGAAGCCUGGGUGUGAAGGAAGGGAGAUUCGAGGAGAUAUUCGGGGAGGCGGUCCAAGCGGUGAGGAUGAACUAUUACCCGCCAUGUUCGAGGCCCGAUCUCGUCUUGGGACUCAGCCCACAUUCCGACGGGAGUGCCCUCACCGUCCUUCAACAGAGCAGAGACAGCUGCGUUGGCCUUCAGAUCCUCAAGGACAGCAUGUGGGUCCCUUUCCAACCCCUUCCCAAUGCUCUUGUCAUCAACGUUGGCGAUACCAUCGAGGUGCUAACAAAUGGGAAGUACAAGAGUGUGGAGCAUAGGGCAGUGACACACAGGGAAAGGGACAGGAUGACAAUAGUGACAUUCUAUGCGCCAAGCUAUGAGGUUGAGGUUGGGCCAAUGGCUGAGUUUGUUGAUGAUGAGACCAACCCAUGCAAGUAUAGAAGGUACAAUCAUGGGGAGUACAGUCACCACUAUGUCUCCAACAAGCUUCAAGGCAAGAAGUCUCUUGAUUUUGCAAAGAUUUCCACCAUUUAAUUAGAGAUAUAUAUAUUUUAAUUCCCCCUUUUUUUUCUAGUUUUGUAUAUCUAAUUAGUGUUCCCCACCUAGGGUUUUAGUGCUAUAUAUGAUUAAGUUUUCACCCUUGUGAACACAACUUGAGAUCUCCACUCAAGUAGUCUUGGUGCAUAUAUAUAUAUAUAUAAUAUGUGAAUGGUUCAGUAUAUGUUUAUAUAUGUAUGAAAAGAAUAAAGUUGUGUA